GUUUCGGACUUCAAUCUCGAAUUCAAACCAGUUCAUAUAAGUUCGAUAGCGACGUCAGAAAGUUUGAAACCAAAAUUACCAGGAAAGAAAAAGAUAAGAUAAAACAAGAAAAGUGACAAAAAUAUGCAAAAAUAAAAAUAAAAUAAAAAAAGCGAGUGAUCCGUGAUGCCCCAAUCGAUUCGCUCUUUCACGCGCCUACGUAUCCGUGUGAACUCACGCGCUUCUCUUGUCACCGACUUUAUCAUCUCUCGUCUCCCACUAUAAAAUCUCAUGUUUCCCUUCUUCCGAUUCUACACAGACAUCUCCCGCUAAUUUCGAUAUUGCCACUGAACGUACCAACUAAACCGAUAAAUAAAACCGAAACCGGUUAAAGCUAUGAGCAAUUUAUUAAACACCGAGACACUAACUCGGAGCGACUCGGUUGUUAAGAAGCGAGUCAUACACGAGUUGGACGAGCUAGUUCUCGACUCGCCCGACGUGAAGCGGUUGAGAGACGAUUUAUUCGACGACUCGAGUCAUGACUCAGCGAGUCAAGAUCUCGACUCGUUGAUGAAAAGCUUCGAGGAUGAGCUCUCCACCACGACGGCGCAAGGCUCCGGCGAGACUCUGCCGGAUCUCGGAUACCUUUUCGAAGCUUCCGACGACGAGCUAGGUUUGCCUCCGCCGCCACCGGCGCCGUCUAAGAUUCUUCCUCCGUCGUCGGAGGAGACGGAGAAGACGGUGGCGGAAUUGGUAUGUGGAUUUGAGGAGAAUGUUACGGGGUUUGGAGAUUUCGAGCUUGAUGAUGGACUAUUCGAAUAUUCUGAUGUUUAUUUAGAUUCCGGUGACUUGUUUUCAUGGCGGCCGGAAAGUUUACCGGCGGAGUAA